GGGGCUGAGCAGCUUGCCCGACUUUUGAGUCGGACCUGUAAUCGGUUUUCCCUCUGGGCGCGUUGCUGGUCGCCGCAGGCUUGCCCCUGCCUGGUGCCGUUUGAUCCGCUCCAGAGUGCGGUGAGGUGGAGCAGGCCGGUACCGCCCCGCUUUUGUGUUUUUUUGUUUUUGUUUUUUAACAUUCCCAUCCCCACCCCUAUUGCAGCCUCAGAGGAAAUUGAGGCUAAGAGACCGGGCCGAAGGACGGCAAGCAGUGGUCGCCUCUCGAAGCCGGGUCUUGCAGUGCUGCUCAUGGAUUAACCAGACUGCCUGAAUGGUUUAAGGGUACACAGGGUACGUUUGAUUCAGAGGCUUCUGGAACGUCGAAAUUAUCUACUUUGGAAAGAACCAUCCCCUCUUUGGGCUUUAGGGGCCCAGAUUGAGGCGCGAUGAUGAGAGGAUGUGGUGGUCCACUCUGAUGUCAAUCUUGAGGGCUAGGUCGGAGAAGAAGCAGAGAGAUCCGUGUGGCUGGAGCACAGCAAAUCAGAGAAGCAAGUUGGGAAACAUUGGCAGAAGCCAGAUCCUGUAUCUGAGCUUGAGGACAGACACUGUCUUUUUUUCUUUGGAACCUCAGUGCCCAGAAGUCAUCCUGGACAAAUGUUUGUGAAAUGAGCAAGGCAAAGUUAUGGAUGAAGUCACUCAGGCAAGAAAGUAAAAGUUCUUUUUGGAGGUGGAUAUCUGCUCAGACGAUAAGAAUUAUAAGAGCUCUGAGAGCUCGUUUUGAAGGAAUAAUGGAUGAACCGUCUCCCUUGGCCAAACCUCUGGAGCUGAACCAGCACUCCCGAUUCAUAAUUGGUUCUGUGUCUGAAGACAACUCAGAGGAUGAGAUUAGCAACCUAGUGAAGCUGGAGCUACUGGAGGAGAAGGAGGGCUCUCUGUCACCAGCCUCUGUCAGCUCAGAUACACUCUCUGACUUGGGGAUCUCUAGCCUGCAGGAUGGCUUGGCCUUACACAUGAGGUCCAGCAUGUCUGGCUUGCACCUAGUAAAGCAAGGUCGAGACCGAAAGAAAGUAGACUCACAGCGAGAUUUCACUGUAGCUUCUCCAGCAGAAUUUGUUACUCGUUUUGGUGGAAAUAAAGUGAUUGAAAAGGUUCUCAUUGCUAACAAUGGAAUUGCAGCAGUGAAAUGCAUGCGAUCUAUCCGCCGGUGGUCGUAUGAAAUGUUUCGAAACGAACGUGCAAUCCGAUUUGUUGUCAUGGUCACACCUGAAGACCUGAAAGCCAAUGCAGAAUACAUUAAGAUGGCAGAUCACUAUGUGCCAGUGCCAGGAGGACCAAACAACAACAACUAUGCAAAUGUGGAAUUAAUUCUUGAUAUCGCUAAAAGGAUCCCAGUACAAGCAGUGUGGGCUGGCUGGGGUCAUGCUUCCGAGAAUCCCAAGCUUCCAGAACUUCUUUUGAAAAAUGGCAUCGCCUUCAUGGGUCCUCCAAGCCAGGCCAUGUGGGCUUUGGGGGAUAAGAUUGCGUCUUCCAUAGUGGCUCAAACUGCAGGUAUCCCGACGCUUCCAUGGAGUGGCAGUGGUCUUUGUGUGGACUGGCACGAAAGUGACUUUUCCAAACGUAUAUUAAAUGUUCCUCAGGAACUAUAUGAAAAAGGUUACGUGAAGGAUGUGGAUGAUGGAAUGAAGGCAGCGGAGGAAGUUGGGUAUCCAGUAAUGAUCAAGGCCUCAGAAGGAGGAGGAGGGAAGGGAAUCAGAAAAGUCAACAACGCCGAUGACUUCCCUAACCUCUUCAGACAGGUUCAAGCAGAAGUCCCUGGAUCUCCUAUCUUUGUGAUGAGACUAGCCAAACAGUCUCGUCAUCUGGAGGUGCAGAUCUUAGCAGAUCAGUAUGGCAACGCUAUCUCCUUGUUUGGUCGGGAUUGCUCUGUGCAGCGCAGGCAUCAGAAGAUUAUCGAGGAGGCACCUGCUGCAAUUGCUACUCCAGCAGUAUUUGAACAUAUGGAACAGUGUGCGGUGAAACUUGCCAAAAUGGUCGGCUAUGUGAGCGCUGGGACUGUGGAGUACCUCUACAGCCAGGAUGGCAGCUUCUACUUUCUGGAGCUGAACCCUCGGCUCCAGGUGGAGCACCCUUGUACAGAGAUGGUGGCUGAUGUCAACCUCCCUGCAGCACAGCUCCAGAUUGCCAUGGGGAUCCCUCUGUACAGAAUCAAGGAUAUCCGUAUGAUGUAUGGGGUAUCUCCCUGGGGCGAUGCUCCCAUUGAUUUUGAAAAUUCUGCUCAUGUUCCUUGUCCACGGGGCCAUGUUAUUGCCGCUCGGAUCACUAGUGAAAAUCCAGAUGAGGGUUUUAAGCCCAGCUCAGGAACAGUUCAGGAACUGAAUUUCCGCAGCAAUAAGAACGUUUGGGGUUAUUUCAGUGUUGCUGCUGCAGGGGGACUUCAUGAAUUUGCUGAUUCUCAGUUUGGUCACUGCUUUUCCUGGGGAGAAAACCGAGAGGAAGCAAUUUCAAACAUGGUGGUGGCUUUGAAGGAGCUCUCUAUUCGGGGCGACUUUCGAACUACAGUUGAAUACUUGAUCAAAUUGUUGGAGACGGAAAGCUUUCAGCUGAAUAGAAUUGACACUGGCUGGCUGGACAGACUGAUAGCAGAAAAAGUACAGGCAGAGAGACCUGACACCAUGCUGGGAGUUGUAUGUGGGGCUCUCCACGUGGCCGAUGUGAGCCUGCGGAAUAGCAUCUCUAACUUCCUUCACUCCUUAGAGAGGGGUCAAGUCCUUUCUGCUCAUACGCUUCUGAAUACAGUAGAUGUCGAACUUAUCUAUGAGGGAGUCAAGUAUGUACUGAAGGUGACUCGACAGUCCCCUAACUCCUAUGUGGUGAUCAUGAACGGGUCGUGUGUGGAAGUAGACGUGCAUCGGCUGAGCGACGGAGGACUGCUCUUGUCCUAUGAUGGCAGCAGCUACACCACGUACAUGAAGGAAGAGGUGGACAGGUAUCGCAUCACGAUUGGCAAUAAAACCUGUGUGUUUGAGAAGGAAAAUGACCCUUCAGUGUUGCGCUCACCUUCUGCUGGGAAGUUAAUCCAGUACAUUGUGGAGGAUGGAGGCCAUGUGUUUGCGGGCCAGUGCUAUGCUGAGAUCGAGGUGAUGAAGAUGGUAAUGACCUUAACAGCUGCAGAGUCUGGCUGUAUCCAUUAUGUCAAGCGGCCUGGAGCAGCUCUCGACCCUGGGUGUGUACUAGCCAAGAUGCAGUUAGACAACCCCAGCAAGGUCCAGCAGGCCGAGCUUCACACGGGUAGCCUGCCGCAGAUCCAGAGCACAGCGCUCAGAGGCGAGAAGCUCCACCGAGUGUUCCACUAUGUCCUGGAUAAUCUGGUCAACGUCAUGAAUGGAUACUGCCUUCCAGACCCUUUCUUCAGCAGCAGGGUGAAAGACUGGGUAGAGCGGUUGAUGAAGACCCUCAGAGAUCCCUCCUUGCCUCUCCUAGAGUUGCAAGAUAUCAUGACCAGCGUCUCUGGCCGUAUCCCCCCCAAUGUGGAGAAGUCUAUCAAGAAGGAAAUGGCUCAGUAUGCCAGCAACAUCACAUCAGUCCUCUGUCAGUUUCCCAGCCAGCAGAUUGCCAACAUCCUAGACAGCCACGCAGCUACGUUGAAUCGGAAGUCUGAACGGGAAGUCUUCUUCAUGAACACUCAGAGCAUCGUCCAGCUGGUACAGAGGUACCGAAGCGGCAUCCGAGGCCACAUGAAGGCCGUGGUGAUGGAUCUGCUGCGGCAGUACCUGAGAGUAGAAACACAAUUCCAGAACGGUCACUAUGACAAAUGCGUGUUCACCCUUCGGGAGGAGAACAAGAGUGACAUGAACACUGUGCUGAACUACAUCUUCUCUCACGCUCAAGUCACCAAGAAGAAUCUUCUGGUCACAAUGCUCAUUGAUCAGUUGUGUGGCCGGGACCCUACUCUCACUGACGAGCUGCUGAAUAUCCUCACGGAGCUAACUCAACUCAGUAAGACCACCAACGCUAAAGUGGCGCUCCGAGCACGCCAGGUUCUUAUUGCCUCCCAUUUGCCAUCAUAUGAGCUUCGCCAUAACCAAGUAGAGUCUAUCUUCCUAUCAGCUAUUGACAUGUAUGGACAUCAGUUUUGCAUUGAGAACCUGCAGAAACUCAUCUUGUCUGAAACAUCCAUUUUCGAUGUCCUACCAAACUUCUUCUAUCACAGCAACCAGGUGGUGAGGAUGGCCGCUCUGGAGGUGUAUGUUCGAAGGGCUUAUAUUGCCUAUGAACUUAACAGUGUACAACACCGCCAGCUUAAGGACAACACCUGCGUGGUGGAAUUCCAGUUCAUGCUGCCCACAUCCCACCCAAACAGAGGGAACAUCCCCACGCUAAACAGAAUGUCCUUCUCCUCCAACCUCAACCACUAUGGCAUGACUCAUGUAGCUAGUGUCAGCGACGUGCUGCUGGACAACUCAUUCACUCCACCGUGUCAGCGGAUGGGCGGAAUGGUCUCUUUUCGGACUUUUGAAGAUUUUGUCAGGAUCUUUGAUGAAGUGAUGGGCUGCUUCUGUGAUUCCCCACCCCAAAGCCCCACAUUCCCUGAGGCAGGUCACACAUCUCUUUACGACGAAGACAAGGUCCCCCGGGAUGAACCGAUACACAUUCUGAAUGUGGCUAUCAAGACUGACUGUGACAUUGAGGAUGACAGGCUGGCAGCAAUGUUCCGAGAAUUUACCCAGCAAAAUAAAGCUACCCUGGUUGAGCAUGGGAUUCGGCGCCUCACUUUCCUGGUUGCACAAAAGGAUUUCAGAAAACAGGUCAACUAUGAAGUAGAUCAGAGAUUUCAUAGAGAAUUCCCUAAAUUUUUCACAUUCCGAGCAAGGGAUAAGUUUGAGGAAGACCGUAUCUAUCGUCACCUGGAGCCUGCCCUGGCUUUCCAGUUAGAGCUGAACCGGAUGAGAAAUUUUGACCUUACUGCCAUUCCAUGUGCUAAUCACAAGAUGCACCUGUACCUUGGGGCAGCCAAGGUGGAAGUGGGCACCGAAGUGACAGACUACAGGUUCUUUGUCCGUGCAAUCAUCAGACAUUCUGACCUGGUCACCAAGGAAGCCUCCUUUGAAUAUCUACAAAAUGAAGGGGAGCGGCUGCUCCUGGAAGCCAUGGAUGAGUUGGAAGUUGCUUUUAACAAUACAAAUGUCCGGACUGACUGCAACCACAUCUUCCUCAACUUUGUGCCGACAGUCAUCAUGGACCCAUCAAAGAUUGAGGAGUCUGUGCGGAGCAUGGUGAUGCGCUACGGAAGUCGGCUGUGGAAAUUACGCGUCCUCCAGGCAGAACUGAAAAUCAACAUCCGCCUGACGCCAACUGGAAAAGCGAUUCCCAUCCGCCUCUUCCUGACAAACGAAUCUGGUUAUUACUUGGACAUCAGCCUGUACAAGGAAGUGACCGACUCCAGGACAGCACAGAUCAUGUUUCAAGCAUAUGGAGACAAACAGGGACCAUUACAUGGAAUGUUAAUCAACACUCCGUAUGUGACCAAAGACCUGCUUCAAUCAAAGAGGUUCCAGGCACAGUCCUUAGGGACAACAUACAUAUAUGAUAUCCCAGAGAUGUUUCGGCAGUCCCUGAUCAAACUCUGGGAGUCUAUGUCCACUCAAGCAUUCCUUCCAUCACCCCCUCUGCCUUCUGACCUGCUGACCUAUACGGAGCUCGUGUUGGACGAUCAAGGUCAACUGGUUCACAUGAACAGACUUCCAGGAGGAAACGAGAUCGGCAUGGUAGCUUGGAAAAUGACCCUUAAAAGUCCUGAAUAUCCAGAAGGCCGAGAUAUCAUUGUCAUUGGUAAUGACAUCACAUACCGAAUUGGGUCCUUUGGACCCCAGGAGGAUUUGCUGUUUCUCAGAGCUUCUGAGCUUGCCAGGGCCGAGGGUAUCCCACGCAUCUAUGUAGCAGCCAACAGCGGAGCAAGAAUUGGACUGGCGGAGGAAAUUCGUCAUAUGUUUCACGUGGCCUGGGUUGAUCCUGAGGAUCCUUACAAGGGAUUCAAAUAUUUAUAUCUGACCCCUCAAGAUUAUAAGAGAGUCAGUGCUCUCAACUCUGUCCAUUGUGAACAUGUGGAGGAUGAAGGAGAAUCCAGGUACAAGAUAACUGAUAUUAUUGGGAAGGAAGAGGGACUUGGAGCCGAGAACCUUCGAGGUUCUGGAAUGAUUGCUGGAGAAUCUUCGCUGGCUUAUGACGAGAUCAUCACCAUUAGCCUGGUUACUUGCCGGGCCAUUGGGAUUGGGGCUUACCUCGUCCGGCUGGGACAGAGAACCAUCCAGGUUGAAAAUUCUCACUUAAUUCUGACAGGAGCCGGGGCCCUCAACAAAGUCCUCGGGAGGGAGGUGUAUACCUCCAACAACCAGCUCGGGGGCAUCCAGAUCAUGCACAACAACGGGGUGACCCACAGCACCGUCUGCGAUGACUUUGAAGGCGUGUUCACCGUCCUGCACUGGCUGUCGUACAUGCCUGAGAGUGUGCACAGCUCAGUUCCUCUGCUGAACUCCAAGGAUCCUAUAGAUAGAGUCAUCGAGUUUAUUCCCACAAAGGCUCCCUAUGACCCUCGGUGGAUGCUGGCUGGCCGGCCUCACCCAACCCAGAAAGGUCAAUGGUUGAGUGGAUUUUUUGACUAUGGCUCCUUCUCAGAGAUCAUGCAACCCUGGGCACAGACCGUGGUGGUUGGCAGAGCCAGGCUGGGAGGAAUUCCCGUGGGAGUAGUUGCUGUUGAAACCCGAACAGUGGAACUAAGUAUCCCAGCUGAUCCUGCAAACCUGGAUUCUGAAGCCAAGAUAAUCCAGCAGGCUGGCCAGGUUUGGUUCCCAGACUCCGCAUUUAAGACCUAUCAAGCUAUCAAGGACUUCAACCGUGAAGGGCUGCCUCUGAUGGUCUUUGCCAACUGGAGAGGCUUCUCUGGUGGGAUGAAGGAUAUGUACGACCAGGUGCUGAAGUUCGGUGCUUACAUCGUGGAUGGCCUGCGGGAGUGCUCCCAGCCUGUGAUGGUUUACAUUCCUCCGCAGGCCGAGCUUCGGGGCGGCUCCUGGGUCGUGAUUGACCCCACCAUCAACCCCCGGCACAUGGAGAUGUACGCUGACCGAGAAAGCAGGGGGUCAGUUCUGGAGCCAGAAGGGACAGUAGAAAUCAAAUUCCGCAGAAAGGAUCUGGUGAAGACCAUGCGUCGGGUGGACCCCGUCUACAUCCACUUGGCUGAGCGAUUGGGCACCCCAGAGCUGAGCGCGGCUGAGCGGAAGGAGCUGGAGAGCAAGCUGAAGGAGCGGGAGGAAUUCCUCAUUCCCAUUUACCACCAGGUAGCCGUGCAGUUCGCUGACUUGCACGACACACCAGGCCGGCUGCAGGAGAAGGGUGUCAUUAACGACAUCCUGGAUUGGAAAACCUCCCGUACCUUCUUCUACUGGCGGCUGAGGCGUCUCUUGCUGGAGGACCUGGUCAAGAAGAAAAUCCACAAUGCCAACCCCGAGCUGACCGAUGGCCAGAUCCAGGCCAUGCUGAGGCGCUGGUUCGUGGAGGUGGAAGGGACAGUGAAGGCCUAUGUCUGGGACAAUAACAAGGAUCUGGUGGAGUGGCUGGAGAAGCAGCUGAUGGAGGAAGACGGGGUUCGCUCAGUGAUAGAGGAGAACAUCAAGUACAUCAGCAGGGACUACGUCCUCAAGCAGAUCCGCAGCUUGGUACAGGCCAAUCCAGAGGUUGCCAUGGAUUCCAUCGUCCACAUGACCCAGCACAUCUCACCCACUCAGCGAGCGGAAGUCGUACGGAUCCUCUCCACGAUGGACUCCCCUUCAACGUAGGGAGAGCUUCCUGCCCACCCGCGCCCUGCCUCCAGAGACCAGGGCUAGAGUGGCCUUUUACAACUGAAACCACUGCAACAAGAAGGCACAGGCACGGGAAUCAGUGGCAUUUCGCUUCCCCUCGGAUGUUUUCAGGUUACACACGACAUAGGAUGUGGGGGUCACAAAGCCCCCGGUCCAGCCCGCCGGUCACACACCCACCCGUUCAGUAUUUAUUACCCUGGCUGUGACUGCGGUCCUCUCUCCCUGCCCAGGACCUGAGAAGGCAAUGAAGGGUACAGACACGUACCGUGAGGUCUUACUGCACAAAGCAGGGCUGCCUCCUGCCCGGACAGCCCUGGGGCCCAGCCCCGGGAGGUGGGAGUGGUUGCCAGGCUAUCAGCAGCCCUAGCUUGCCCCUGGCCCCGUGAGCCUGCAGCCACCGGCAGCAGAGGAGGGCUGGGGCCGAGGCCGCGGGUCCACGCCGGGUGCGGGGAGAGCAGGGAGCCUCGGGUCUGCUGCUUCUUUACCCUGCGCUCAGCCCGUACACUAGGCACCCAAGGUACUGCUUAUGAAGGAAAUUAGAGCGUGAAAUCUGCAGGCUCCUCGGAACUCAAAGAUGAGGGCAGAGCCAUGAUCCAAGGAGCAGAGAAAGCAGAGACCAAGUCACUACUGUUGUUGACUUAUGGGCCCUGACCUUGGGCUCAGCUCUCUCAGAACUGCAGGGACGGAUGACCUCCCACUACCCUGCGUGUCGCCGCAGCCCGAGGUGGCAGAGGGGGAGCUGGGGAGCUGCCCUUCCCGUCCCCGAUGGAAAGUAGCGACUCAUGCCACAAGGAGAGUGGCCCGGAGAGCCUCUUCUUAGGACUUGGAAGGUUGUUACCAUGAAGCCUGGCGCAGUGGUCACGAGCGGUUAACGGUGCCUACAGAGCCAUCACCCGUGUUUCCGGGGCCCCCCUUCUGACGCUCCUACCUGCUGUGGGUCUAGCUCCUUGAGCGCACGCAGGCAGCAGGCGCAGCUGGCCCCCCCCUCCACGGCCUUCCCGCUGUGGGGAGGCUCCCGGGGAACACAGAACCCGUGUGACCUUCAGAGUCUCCACGACGCGUCAUGGUGCUGCUGUCUUCCAGGCUCCCGGGUCCGUCUCCAGCCAGCAGCAGGGGCCUCCUCACAGGUGACGGAAAGAGCUUACUGAUUCCCCCUGAUUUCCUGAAGCAAGAGUGGCAGGUGAUCAGGGCUGGUGUAGCCUCCGGUUCCCACCGUGCAGCUAAUUGCACGUGUCACUGACAGCCACGGAGGAAAUCAGUAAGACGUCAGGGAAGCAGCGGUACGAAGAUUUCCGCGCACACUACGGUUUUGAGCCUUAACUCUACAGUCCACGUACAAGGAGGAGCUCCGCUCCCCUCCUCCAGGAGCUGUGUGUGCAGGCGGGCACUGUGGCUGGAUUCGCCUCCAGGAGCUCGGAGCCUCAGGCAGGCUGCCCCGGGGCUCGGGGUGGGUGCCCCAGCUAAGAAAGGCGGGAAGAGGUGGGGAACAAUUUUCAGUCCGGGGAGAACAUCCUCUGUGCUGGCAUUUGCCUACCCAGUAGGAACGGGAGUCGCCUUUGACCAGAUUAUUCCUCGACCCUGUUCUACAGCAAGUCAGAUUCCACACACACACCCACAGGCGGUGUGCAGGCCUGUGCUGCCCUGGCAUCUCUUCAGAGAAAGGGGGGGUUACACCUGUUUACCUCCCCGCCCCCUCCCUGACCAAAUUAUGACACAUUAAAUGACGAGGUUUCCUCUCUGGAACUCAGUGAUGCUCAGCCCCCACCCCCAGAGCGCCCGACUUCAGGGCUCACCCUGCACAGGGGCUCUUUCCCGGGGGGACGUCAGGAAGCGCCGUGGGCGCCACGGCCCGCUGCUCCCACGGCCUGUCACCCACGCGGGUCUCCUGAGGCGGGAGGAGGGCGAAUGAGGCAUCGCCCAAGGCUUGCCUGAGCAGAGGUGGCCAUGUCGCCUGUUCAGCCCCGUUCACACAGCAGCCUUCACUUGUCUCACUGAGAAUUCGAUGGACGCAUAGCCUGACGAGCAAGGAGCUUCUGUCAAAUGUACUCUUUUCACGUUUUGUUGAAAUAAACCUCCACAUUUGUAGAAGA